GUUCUCAACAUCGUUCCACCUCAAGGUCCUUUGCAUCGCUGGAGCCGACAGCCAUGUCAAGUCUCAAUCUGGUUGAGGUGACUUUUGUGAAUCAGCUCAGGAAAUCCCCUGUAUCUUGUAUUUUCCGCACGGUAUGGCACGGGAGAGAUAGUAUCUUGAAAGUGUAUCAUUCUCCACAGGCAUUACCUAGCAAACGCCGAACUCGUCCUCGCAAUCGCGAAACUGACCCAUUCAAGUGCGAAAGCUCGGCAUAUUUGCGAUUACGAGAACAUGGCUUCUGUGACCGAGGACAUAUCCCAGAUUUCUAUGGUUUGAUCGAAAAUAUCAACCCAGUUCAUCAUUUACCAUAUUUACAAGACUUCGUCGAGGAUACUGUGUAUCCCAAUGCGAUUUUGAUGGAAUAUGUACCAGAUAUUCACUCAAUUGAUCUAUCGAAUUACUCCGAAAGACGCCUCCGGAAGCUUCAGCAGAUACUGUUAGAGAUGCACCGUGCUGGUGUUUACCAUGGGGAUCCAUAUCCUCGCAAUAUGAUGGUUCAGAUAACAUCUGAUAGAGUCUUAUGGAUAGAUUUCGAUCGCGCGCAGACCUUUACGUCCCAAUCGAUCAAACAAUGUCACCUGACUUGGUUGGAACGUGAAACAAGAAUGAUGGAAGAAUUCGUUGAGGGUCUUGCAGCCGAUGCUAAGCUGGGCAGGAUUCAUGAGACGUGGAUUUGCUACUAUGAAGGCUUUAGACCCCCCAAGGACGACGGAAAGGGGGUAUUGCUGAAUAAGGAACCAGGUGAUUAUAGUCACUGCGUGAGUUAGAUGUCAAUGCUUGGAUCGGUGUCGCCCAUUAUACACAAUUGG